AUGGCUGCACGACAAUCAACACCAUCUUCUGAGCACUCUCAUUCUGAUGGAGGUGUACGCAAGCGUGUAUGCAAGGCGUGCGAUCGUUGCCGUCUCAAGAAAUCAAAGUGCGACGGAGCCAGCCCAUGUUCUCGUUGUCGGGCAGACAAUGCCAUCUGCGUCUUUGGAGAGCGAAAGAAAGCGCAUGAUAAAGUGUAUCCCAAGGGAUACGUUGAAAUGCUCGAACAGCAACAAGUUUGGCUAGUACACGGUCUCCAAGAACUGUAUCGUCGCUCGAUAGAAGGCGAAGGAUGGCCUGGCGACCGUUUGAAACACGAACCGAAUGGACACCCACUCACCCACGACCUGCUUACUCGUCUCGGCGCCCUCGACCACGCAAAGGGUGAGCGCUUUGAAGAGAAUCCAGAGCUGAUGCAGCAGGACCUUUGGCGCCACGGUAUGCAGCGCCAGGAAUCGUCUGACGGCAGCUCGGAGAGUGCUCAGUCCCCCGUCGCUCGAUCUCGCUUCUCUUCCGAUGUCUUAUCUCAGCAGACUCUGCCUCCUACCCCUCCCGCAUAUAACAGCCCUUCGACACGUGUGGCCAUUAAGUUGGAAGAGCCACUGGCUGUGACCCCUCAAUAUAACGCCGCCAUGUCGAUGCAGGGUGUAGUCAACCCGUUGGUUUUGCAGGAUAGUUCCCAGCAGUGGUCUACUGGGAAUGGAUUCAUUUCUUUCGACGAUAUGGAUUUGAUGAAUUCAACCGAUUAUUCAAAUAUUAACUUUGAGGACGCCAUUCCUUCGCCAAUGUUCAGUCGCCAGAUGCCUAUGAGUUGUGUUUCGUCAGAUUAUGAUGAUUUCAACCAGUUCUUGAAUCCUAAUCCGACAGAGAUUACAUCGAUUUAA